GAUAAGAGCAGGCGUUCACACGAGGACUGAAACACCCUUUAUCUGAUGAGCAUGGCUGUCACCGAGGACGCCGACUACUACUACUACCAUGAAAACGAAACAUUCAACUACAGUUACGAUGACUACCCCGCCUUGUGUGAGAAGGGCGACGUCCGAUCUUUCGCGGCCUUCUUCCUGCCCAUCAUGUACAGCCUGUGUCUGGUCACAGGACUGGCGGGGAACUUUCUGGUCCUGGCUGUCUACGUCUACCACAAACGUCUGAAGACAAUGGCUGAUGCGUUCCUGAGCCACCUGGCUGUGGCCGACUUGCUGCUUCUCCUCACUCUGCCGUUCUGGGCUGCUGAUGCUGCCAGAGGCUGGGAGCUGGGGGACGCCGUGUGCAAGAUCGUGUCGGCUUGCUAUACGGUGAACUUCUGCUGUUGCAUGUUGCUGCUGGCCUGCAUCAGCUUGGAUCGCUACUUAGCGUUAGCCAGAGAGCAGGGGAAAGACCAAAGAGGGUGCCUGCAGAGGCUUUUCAUCAGGAGGCACUGCUGGAAGUGGUGCUCAGUUGUUUGGGUGACAGCCUUCCUUCUUGGACUCCCCGAUUUGAUCGUCUCAGAAGUGACGUUGACGUCUGAUAGGAGCGUCUGCCUGGCCGUCUAUCCAACGUCCAUGGCUCGAGGUGGUAAAGCUGUGCUGGAGGUGGUGGAGGUGCUGCUGGGGUUCCUGCUUCCUCUGCUGGUCAUGGUGAUUUGUUACUGUAGUGUCGGCCGAGCACUAAGAAGCCUCCCUGUCGAGAGCAGAGGCAAGAAGUGGAGAGCUCUGCGAGUUCUUCUAAUAGUGGUAGGGGUGUUUGUCGUCACCCAGCUGCCAUAUAACGUGCUGAAAGUGUACCGUGCAAUGGAUGCAGUGUACGUUUUGGUGACUCACUGCAGGACGAGCAAAGCACUGGAUCAGGCAGCUCAGGUGACGGAAAGCCUGGCGCUCACCCACUGCUGCCUCAACCCAAUCCUCUACGCCUUCAUGGGCUCCUCCUUCAAGCAGCACAUGAUGAAAGUGGCCAAGAGGUUUGGAGAGAGGAGACGGAAAAAGAGCAGGAGACGAGAAGCUCCUGCUAUGGAGGAGGGGACUGAGAUGUCGUUUCACUCCCGCAGUGCGUCACAAGAAACAAACACAUUCUCAAUAUGA